AAAUAAUUUCGCCGGAACAAUUUAUUAUUAGAUUAUUAAUAAUAAAUUCAAUCUCAUAAAGCCUUGUCAAAAUUAGGGAGGAGUUCACAAGCCAUGGACAAUUUCUAAUCUCCCAUCAAUCUUCAUACACACAUCAUAUAUUGUGAAUUGAAGGAGUGUAUUGUGUGUAUGCAAUUUUGGAGGCAUAUGCUUAUAAUAUAGAUCGUAUUAUGUCAUCUUCUCAACAAGCUUACACUAGUCUUCCUCCCACCAGCCAAUUGGCUGGCUCAGUUCCGGCCGUAGUCAUUGACCAAAAGGAUACCUCAACAGUUCACAUUCCUGAAGCAACUUUGCAAAAGCUUCCUCCAAUCAACAAUGGAGGACAAAGGCAAGGAUACCAAACCAUGGCCACUCCUAGUGAUGGUAAUGGGCAGCAGUUUGUAAGCAACUGGAGAGGAGUAUUUAGCGUAUCAUCGUACACACAGUACUUUAAUGUAGAUACAGAUAUCGUCUUGAACAGAGUGACCAGUUCUUUGUUUCCAAGUGGAGAUUUCUUCAGUAAGAUUGACGCAAAUCCUGAUCUCUAUGGACUUGUCUGGAUCUCCACUACGUUGGUAUUUGUGAUUGCUUCCCUUGGAAACUGUGCCACAUAUCUGAUGCUCGAAACGAGUGACAUCAAUAACUCGUGGAGCUUUGAUGUCAGCUAUGUUGAUAUGGGGGCAGGCUUAGUGUAUGGUUAUGUACUUAUUGUGCCACUGGUAUUCUACUUCUUGCUCCGGUAUCUAGGUUCAAAUGUCAGCCUUGUGCGCUUUUGGUGCAUGUGGGGAUACUCGCUUUUUGUAUUCAUUCCCAGCUCUUUAUUGUUGGUUAUACCUGUAGAGUUCAUCAGGUGGACCAUUAUUGUGAUUGCUGGCGCCGCAUCAUCUAGCUUUGUCACUCUAAAUUUGCGGUCUUGUACACAGAAUGAUCUACCAGUGGUGUUGGCUGCUGCAUGUGUCUUGCAAUAUGGGUUGGCAUUUGUCAUCAAAAUGUGGUUUUUCGCCUAGGUUUUUACCAGUAACAUUGUCGAAUGCAUAUGGACGAUUUUCUAGUUUUGAGAGAAUUUUUGACCACAUAAGAUAAAAGCCUAAAAGGUAAAGUUUUUUGAUUGAUGUUCUGUUUUUAACUCUAUAGCGCUGGAUUUCUAAAUAGGUAUGAUUGCAACGAGGUUUCCCAUCAAUUUAUAAAAGGACGUUCAAAGAAACUGGUGGAUUUGAGUAAUGGUUUUAGUGAAAGCUAUUUAGGCGAUUGAUUCAGAUUGGUCUAUAUGUUUUGGAAGGCCAUGUUAGAAGUAUGCAAACUUGUAUGCUGGAGAGUGUUUUUCUUGCCAGAUUCAUUUUGUACAUAGACAAUGCUGAGUAAUAUAUAAAUAACAGACAUUUCGUUUGUCCUUUA